AUGCGACCAAGCGAGGUUGAAGGCACCCCAAUGGAUGUAGCACCAGGCUUCUCUUUCGAAGAUGUACCACUUUGGACUCUGAACAGACCACCUAUCCAUGGCGCAAUGAAUCACUCAGUCUAUCCUCAACCUCGAUACUACCCCGCCAUCACCACUCAUUAUGGAGAAUGCGCUUACAUGAUUGACGAAUGCUCAUCAUCUUCAGAAAGGUACCUCUUUCACAAUCUAUCCUCUGCUGUUGGCUCGCAUUCCAUGAAGCUAGACAGCUCAUCGCACGCCACCGAAACGGACACAACGUCGGCUAAGGUCUUGUCUGGUUACAACACGGCAGAGGACGAGUACGUCUCAAAACAAAACUUGAAGCUUUCAAAAGAGCUGCACAAAGCGAGAGGCGAUUUGGACUACGCGAACAAAACAUUGCGCGAUCUUGCAGCUUGGGCGUAUCAUGAGAGAGGCAGGUUGCUGCAAGAGCUGGUAGACGCACAGGUUGCCCAUGAACACCAAGUUAAAGAAGGUGUGGUAGAGGAAGAGGCUAUCUUGACACAACCGAGUGGUCAGACAGAGUGGAUCGGUAAGAGAACGGUUGCAGCUGUCGAGCAAGAUAUGAACCAUGGAGAAUAUGGGUCCAUCACUGACCAAGUGGAUGCAUUGAUCGCUGAGGAGAAGGGCAACCUGCCGGCUUUGGAGUAGGAAGUUCAACAUAAAGUGAUGUACAUAAAGCACAUCCGGAC